AUGAACAGGGAUUGGAUACAUAAUAAAAACAGGUUGAGUAAUCAAUAUCGUGCUGGAAUUCAGUCAUUUAUGGAAGUUGCAAGCCAACAUGUGGAUGAGAAGAAUGAGACUCCAUGUCCGUGUAUGAAGUGCCAGAAUAUGAAUUGCCAUUCUCUUCCGGUUGUCCAAGCACAUUUAUGGCAGUAUGGGAUGUCAGUGGUGUAUCACACAUGGAUAUACCAUGGGGAACAAUUCGAGAUAACAAGACAAGCUUCACCUCCUGCAACUGCUCAAGAGGCACCUCGUCUUGAUGAUUAUACGCAUAAUAUUUUGAAUGAUGCAUUCCCACCAGACUUGGGAGUUGUAGAUGAUACAUUGGGGGACAAUGAAGAUGUGGGGGAUGAUACCGAUGUACAUAGGGUUGAGAUGGAUAAGUAUGAGAAGUUGAUUGCUGAAUCUCAACGACAAUUGUUUCCCGGUAGCAAUGCAUCAGUUUUGACAGCAAUGGUACAAUUCAUGCAUACGAAGGUACCUCAUCAUUGGAGCAACAAGUCAUUUGAUCAAAUGUUACAAAUACUCAGUGCUAUUUGUCCACAGCCUCAUAGCAUUCCUCCAUCAUUCUAUGCCGCUAAUAAGAUGUUGAAAGAUUUGGGUUUGGGGCAUGAAAAAAUUGAUGCAUGUAUUUACGACUGUGCUUUGUUUUACAAAGAGCAUAAAAGUAAAGAUAAAUGUCCAGUGUGUGAUGAGCCUAGGUAUAAACCUAGUACUAGUAAAAAGAAAAAAAUGGUGCCCCAAAAAGUGUUGCGAUAUAUUCCUUUAAAGCCAAGAUUACAGAGGUUGUUUAUGUCUGAACAUACAGCAGGUCACAUGCGGUGGCAUAAGAAUAAACGAGUUGAUGAUGAAGGUGUUAUGAGGCAUCCAGCAGAUUCUAUUGCUUGGAAAGAGUUUGAUAAGAUGUACCCUGAGUUUGCAGAAGAGCCACGAAAUAUAAGGUUAGGCCUUGCAACAGAUGGGUUUAACCCAUUCGGGAAUAUGAGCACAUCUUAUAUAUUCAAUAAUGACUUUGCUUAUUCCAGCCCAAAGGCACCAGGCAAGGAGUUGGAUGUGUAUUUGCGUCCUUUAAUUGAUGAGCUAAAAGAGUUAUGGGAACAAGGUUACAAGGCAUGUCCCGUAUGUCUUGAGGAUACAACAUCUACCAAGCUGAGAAAUAAAAUUUGUUAUAUGGGGCACCAUCGCUACUUGAAAAAGAAUCACCCUUGGCGUAAGGAUUCUGAAAAUUUUGAUGGAACUAUUGAGAUGAGGGAUCCCCCAAGAGAAUUCUCUGGUGAUGACAUAUUACUUCAGUUUAAUCACCUUGUGCAUCGUAAACUUGGUAAACAUCCUGAUAAUUUGGACAGAAAGAGAAAGCGGACACCUAUGGAGUUAAAUUGGACAAAUAAGAGUAUUUUUUUCGAAUUGGAGUAUUGGUCCAAGUUGAAAAUAAGACAUAACUUGGACGUAAUGCAUAUUGAGAAGAAUAUAUGCGACAACAUUGUUGGAACGUUGUUGAGCAUAGAAGGAAAAACAAAAGACACACCCAAUGCUCGUUUGGAUUUGAAAGACAUGAAUAUACGAAGAAAUCUGCAUUUAGAUAAAGAUGAAAAUGGCAAGAUAAAGAAGUAUGCUGCAGAAUAUACAUUAGAACCGGCUGAUCGUCGAGCAUUUUGUGAAUUUUUGAAAUCUAUAAAAUUUCCGGAUGGUUAUGCUGCUAAUAUAUCACGAAAUGUCAAAGAUGGGAAGAUCUCAGGUUUGAAGACUCAUGAUUGUCAUGUUUUGUUACAACGAAUUUUACCUAUUGGAAUUCGGCCAUACUUGAUAAAAGAAGUGUGCGCGCCACUUGUAGAAUUGGCAUGUUUCUUCCAACAAAUUUGUGCAAAGACGUUGAAUGUUGCAGAUUUGGACAGAUUGGAGGUUGACAUUGUGGUCAUUUUAUGCAAACUUGAGAAAAUAUUUCCACCCGCCUUUUUUGAUGUCAUGGUUCAUUUGGCCUUUCAUUUACCACGUGAGGCCAAGCUUGGGGGACCUGUAGGAUAUCGUUGGAUGUACCCGAUAGAGAGGAUGCUAGGAAAGUUAAAGGGCUAUGUACGUAAUAGAGCUAGACCAGAAGGUUCAAUUGUUGAGGGAUACAUUGCAAAUGAAGCAUUAACUUUUUGUUCAAUGUAUUUUCGUAAUGUGGAGACUGUUUUCUCUCGUCCUGAACGAAAUGAUGAUGGUGGCGAAGCCAAUGUUAAGCUCUCAGUAUUUUCUCAAAAUGCACGGCCCUUUAAUGGCUAUAAAUUUCUUCAAUUGUCUGAAGGAGAAAUGGAACCAAUUUAUUGGUAUAUCUUGGACAAUUGCGAGGAAAUUGAACCAUUUAGAAAUGAGCAUCGUCAAAUAUUAGAGCGUGAAAGCUUGUUUAACAUAGAACAUAGACAUAGGCAGUCGUUUCCCCAAUGGUUCAAGCAUCAUGUCAAAGCAUUGUAUAGUGAGGAAUCAACAUUGGUGACUAAAGAAGUGUAUGCAUUAUCAUAUGGUCCUGAUGAAAGAGUUUGUACGUAUACAGGAUGUGUUGUGAACGGAAUUCGGUGGCAUGUCAAAGAUAUAGAAGAAACUCGCACAACUCAAAAUAGUGGGGUCAUGGUACCAGGAACUCAUGCUGAUCAGGAAAGUAAUUUUUAUGGUAGAUUAGUUAGUGUUGUUAAAAUAGGAUUCACAUAUGGCUAUCAUGUUAUCCUUUUUAAGUGUGAGUGGUACAAUACAAGUACAGAUGUGAAGCGAAAGAAAAAGAUUGUUAGGCUUGUUCAUGAUUACCAUCUCACGUCAGUGAACUCAAUGAAUUUAUGGUACAAAGAUGAUCCUUAUGUGCUAGCAAAACAAGCACAGCAAAUCUUUUUCCUUGAUGACCCAUCCUUGGGUCAUGGUUGGAAGGUAAUUCAAAAAAUUCCACAUAGACAUGUGUGGGAUGUUCUUGAGAAUGAGGUGGCUCACGAGGCAGAAACACUAUACAACGAUGAUGUGGACCAAACUGCACAUAUUAGUGUCAGACAUGCACCAGAAGAUAAUGUUCUACUCAGUCCAUCACUUCGUAGAGAGUAUGUUGAACCUGAAAUUGUUGUCGAAGAUAUUAAUUUUGAACAUGUCCCAACUGAUAUGGAGGAUGAAGAUUUUAUUGAUGAUGAUGAUAUUGAAGAAAUACAUUCGGGUGAUGAUGAAGGCAGUGUUCACAGUGAUGAUUAUAGUGAUUUGGAUUGA